AUGAACGGGCAACGAAGAAAGUCGAUGCCGGAGUUGUUCACACGCCAACACAAGACGUACGAAACUCCACCUCCAUUCCUGCCGCCUCGAAAACCUGCUCGAGGUCGAUCGAGACAGUCGAGAGACAUGCCGCUGACCAGUUCACCCUACGACCAACUUGGCUCUCCCCGUGGUAGCCUUAUCGGUAGUCGACCCAGCUCGCUGCCCAGCAUACCCGACUUGGAGGCCGACACCCAUGCUCAUGCCGGCUCAAUAGUCUCACCACAGCAAUCUCCAAUUCAUUCGCGUCCAGCUUCUGCUGCUAGCGCACGCAGAGAAUCGACAGGCAGGAGGAAGCUGCCUUUACGUCGACACCCAUCAGUGCAGCGACACCCAUCGUUACAAGUCGGUCGAACCCCAUCGGAAGACGACCCCGUGCACUUGACAGUACAUCCUGCUUUGCUCAGCCCAAGUCGCUCAACCCCUCUUCUCCGUUCCGAGCAACCGCGACCCCGUAGCCAUCCUCCAUCCACAGCUAUCUUUCGAUCCCGAGAGGAGAUGUCAGAUGGGCUCGGAGAUCCUUGGAAACCAUCGUCGCUGGCACCCCCAAGCCCAGCUUUGAGACCUCCGGCUCCUCAGCCACGAGCCAGCUUCCAUCGGCUCUCGAGCCUCGACAAUGUCAUCAGAUAUCGGGAGGAGGUCGCACGAUGGAAACGAGCUUCAUCUCUCCUUCACCUCGAAGCCGGCUCGCUCGAUAUCCAGCCGCCCACCACAGCCGGGUCAGAGUAUCCUCUUGUACAAGCUGCUAACGUGCCAACGAUCGAGGUCUUGGACGAGAGGUCAUCUGCGGCCAGCAAUCAAGAGGAAACAAUGUCGCCGUUGCAUGGUGGCAAGAAUAGAUUUCGGAGCUUUGCGGCUGAAGUCGGAUUCUGCUUCACUAUCGCCACUCAGAUGUUCUUGUCUGAAUAUUUGAUCUCCGGAUUUGCACUGGCACUGCCUGAGCUAGUCGCAAGAACAGGAGUCAUCGAGGUAGGAUCGGGCACUCUCGGCCUUUUCUGGCCAGCAUCGUUGCUCACCCUCACACUCAGCGCCACCAUCCUGAUCUGCGCUCGACUCGCAGACAUCCACGGCGGUUAUAGGCUCUUCAUGCUAGGCUUGAUAUGGCUCGGCAUCUGGUCUCUCAUCCCAGGCUUCUUCACCUCCGUCGUUGUCCUUGACGUCUCACGAGCAAUGCAAGGUCUCGCACUGGCAGCUUUCAUGCCCUCGACGUUCGUGCUGGUGUCAACGUUCUACGAACACGGUCCUCGAAAGAACUUUGUGCUGGGGCUGUACGCCGGCUGCGCGCCUGUCGGAUUCUUCGCGGGUAUCCUCGUCGCAGGCGCGCUGCCACAAGAUGAGUCGCGAUGGUAUCUCUGGAUAGCUGCGAUACUGGCUUUCAUAGCAACCAUUACUGGAUACCUGACAGUGCCGCACGACUGGACAGACCGGAAACAGCUUGGCUUGAAGAUGGACUGGCUGGGAGGCUUCCUGAUCACCGCGGGCCUCAUGCUCCUGAGUUACGCAUUGGCGUAUGAGCCAGAUGCCAACACAUACGAUAGAGCUAGGAAUGGCUUCAGCUUUCCAAGUGUGUAUGGCCCUUGUGUCGCUGGCAUGCUGUGCCUGGGCGCUGCCGUCUGGGUCGAAGGUUGGUACGCUGAGUGCCCACUUCUUCCCUUUGACUUCUUUCGGCCCAAGGGUUCGAUGGCGAUGUGUCUCGCCGGGCUAUGCUUCUAUGCCAGCUAUGGCGUCUGGCUGUACGAGUCUGCCGAAUUCUUCCAAAGUCCAUCUGGGACGAUCCAUCACCGCUUGAGUGGCAUCGGACUGGCUACGUGGUACACGCCAACGGCGAUUGGUGGUCUGAUACUCUGUGUUGUCGGCGCCUCGCUCAUGCACAUCGUACACAUGAAGAUCCUGCUGCUGAUAUCUGGGCUGGCGUGGAUAGGAGCUCCACUACUGCUGGCACUGUGUCCGCUACCGGUCAACUACUGGGCUUUCGUGAUGCCGUCGAUGCUCUGUGCCACGCUAGGCAUAGAUCUCACCUUCACUAUGUCACUGGUGUACUUCUCCUCGACUCAGCCAAAGCGUUAUCAGGGCUUAUGUGGUGCCAUCUGCUCGAUACUAGUCAACCUCGCCAUCUCCUUCGCACUCCCGCUAUCUGAGAUCAUCGAGGCAAAAGCUGCUUCGACCAUUGCCUGCAAUGCGCGGGACGAGACGUCAGUAUACAAGCCAUGCAUCGACAGAUCGAUCAACUGGAGCUACAGGGCCAUGUUUUUCUACGCCGCUGCUUCUGCAUGCUGUGGCUUGAUCAUCUGCGCACUAUUCGUUCACUUCCCACGUCAGCAGGAAUCUGAGAAGCCAGCAGAUGAGGAACGGCCCCGUGAGACUUCUUCUGAGGUUUCAACACUCGUUGAGGUGGGCUGGUAUGAUUCCCAAAAGUUACCGGAGAUUGGCGGAACCAAAGCAAAGGCGCCGGCUGAAGGUCACCGGCCUUGUACGUUAGGCAAGUACUAG